AUGGAAGGACCUAUCUCUUGUUUGCAGUUCAGUAAGUGCGUUCAGAAUGUUACGCAGCUAGCUGUGCUUUCGCUACUGGAGGGCCUGGCUGCCUGUGCGAUAUGGCAAAUGCAUCAGAAGCCAGAAAGCCCACCACCGGUAGCACCUAAACGGUACCAAAGCGCAAGCGGUCAAAAUGAAGAAAUAACUGUCUACAAAUAUGAAGAAAAAACGGAACUACUACAUAAAGCUGAAGAUUCUUUACCAGUUAAUCGGGCAAUAAUUGAAAGAGAGAAACAACGGGUGGUUCAAGAAACUACGCCGCGAAGAAAAGAUCAUAUUGAAGAGGUAAAGACUAGAGAAAUUUGGACUUAUCCUGACGGGUGGCAUUCUCGUGACCGACAGCCUUCACAGCCACUAACUCCAACGAAAUCGUCAACUCGACGAAAUGAGAGCUACUCAGAAGAGGACCUCUCUUCGUAUGGUCGAAGUACAGUGAGAACAAGGACUCAAGAUGUAUCAGAACCAGGGUUUGAAAAGCGUGACCGUAGUCAGCCAUCGCGAACGACGGAAGAAGUUGAGUGGGGAAUUAACGUUAAUACAACAGACACGUGGGAUUCACGGCACAUCGGGACUUCGUAUUCGACAGCCUCGACAUUAGAAAAGAAUAAAGACGUUGGUGAGAAGCUUGAAGAAAGUAAAACUUCGAGGUGGACAGAAAAAACCGGAUGGGAAGAGAAUAAAUCUCAAGAAUUGGUGCCAAAAUAUGAACAAAAAGACAAAGACCUUUCUUCUGGGUACAGCAGUCGCACGGAGUCGCGAACUUCGAGGCGAGAACCCGAAACGACGUUGCGAGGUCGACAAUGCCUUGGUUCUAAACAAAAACUGAGUCAAAGUAAUGUAAAGCAAGAUAAAGAUAUAGAACUCUGCACCUUUAUGAAUAUGCCUUUAAGACUGGACGGCAUUGCGGAAGCUGGAUUUUCUGCACUGUCUUCGUAG